AUGGCGGCCGGAACUCGCGGGGCGGGGCGGGGCGCGCAGGGCCAGGGUGACGCUGGAGGUCUCGCGGCCGAAGGCCAUGGCGGGCAGGGGCGCACGCGGCCAUGGCGGCUGGAGCUCGUGGGGCGAGGCGCACGGGGACAGGGCGGCGCUGGAGGUGUCACGGCCGACGGCGCGGGACGCGUCCGGCGGCGGGCGCGGACGGGUGCUCGUUGGAGCUCGGCUAUCGUCAGUCUCGCCCCUGGCCACUCACGGGAGCGGAGGUGCCGGUCCGACCACCUUCGGCUGCUGGGGGCGCCGGGGGGAGCAGCGCGCCCGCAGGAGGUGAAGAGCCCUGCUCCGGCAGCGGCAGCGUCGUCCCCGCCCGGCCUCGCGCUCGUGCUCGCGGCCGCCAUCCCCUCCAGCAGCGGCGUCCUCGUCCACGCCCGGCUUCCCCUCGCGCUUGAGCUCGCGGCCGGCAAAGCCCCGCUCGGCGGAGCUCGCGCUCGAGCCCGCGACCGCCAUCCCCUCCAUCAAAGCUCAUGCUCGCGGGCGUGGGCGUGCCCGCCGCGCGCUCCACGCCGGGGCGAGGUGCAGGCGCGCCUCCCGCUCCGCCGUGGCCAAGAAGAAGGAGAUGGUGGUGCUGCUGAUGGUGGCCGCGCGCGCGUAGGCGGUGCUGCUGAUGGAGGCCGCGCGCGGGUAGGCGGCGGACUCCCGCGCCACGAGCUCGAGGUCGGAGCAGUAGGCGGCGUAGGUGACGUAGUCCCGCACGUGCUGCGCGCACUCCGGCGGCAACGCCUUCCACGGCACGAGGUUGUUGGCCUCCGCCGCCAGCCGCUAGCUGGCGCAGCGCAUGUCCGUCGGCACGUCGUCGACGUCGGCAUCGGGGUCGGGCUCCUCCGCGGCCCGCGCUGA